AUGUCAGACAUAAGGAUAAAGAACAAACAGAAGAGACAGCAAAUUUUUGCUGAACUCAGGGACCAGAACAACAAAGAGCGUCACACAAUGAGAAGAGAACGAGCCAAGCUGGAAAGAGACGACGUGGAGGCAAAGGAGAAACGAUUAGCAGAGAAUGUUCCUGCCACGAUCGAAAGCAUGAGGGUGUACGAUGAAACGAUCAAUAAAGAAAUUGAGGGUGAUGAGGAAGACCUUAUGCGGUUUUUCAAUACUAAUAAUGGUGAGCCCCCAAAGAUUCUGCUCACGACAAAUGUGAAUGCGAGAAAGAAGGCAUAUGAAUUUGCCAAUGUAUUGAUCGAAAUUUUACCAAAUGUCACAUUUGUUAAACGAAAAUUCGGUUUCAAAUUGAAGGAGAUUAUUGAUAUCUGCAAGAAAAGAGAUUUUACAGAUGUAGUGAUUAUCAAUGAGGACAAGAAAAAAGUAACAGGUUUGACGUUCAUGCACCUUCCCGAGGGGCCUUCCUUUUAUUUCAAGGUAAGCUCAUAUGUCGAAGUUCAGAAGAUAUCCGGGCACGGUAGACCAACUAGUCAUAUUCCCGAGUUGAUCUUGAACAACUUCCAGACGAGGUUAGGUAAAACUGUCGGCAAACUGUUCCAAUCGAUUUUCCCACAGAAUCCGGAUAUAGAGGGUAGACAGGUUAUAACUCUGCAUAACCAGAGGGAUUACAUUUUUUUCAGAAGACAUCGUUAUGUGUUUAGAGACGAGCAAAAAGUCGGACUACAAGAGCUGGGACCACAAUUCACCCUCAAACUGAAGAGAUUGCAAAAAGGUUUCAAGGAGGAGACCGAGUGGGAACAUAAACCUGAAAUGGACAAGGAGAAGAAGAAGUUUUACUUAUGA